AGACGACGAGCGACUCUCACCAACUAACACUCCGCGACGUAAAUAAGUCCCGCAUGUUUCUGCGAAUAAAUAUUUAAUUAUGACAUAUUUUAAUAGAGUGUGAGAGGUUAUAUUUUAGUUUGAUUCAUUAUUAUCGAUUUCUGGUUGUUGCCUUAGAAAUAUUUGUGUUUUGGAUGUCGAAGUUUUUGAUGCUUCGGCGUAUGAAUAUUACAUUGGCGUCAACCUGGCCUCAGCUGUUUCCCGCCAAACGCCGCUGCCAGAAAACUGCUGUGAGGCGUAGCGUAUGUUGGUUGUCCCGCGCUGCAACGUACUAUCAGUGAAAAAUUGUGAUUAACAAAUUUACAUUUAUUUGUCAGUGAUCGAAAACUGUAUAAUUAGUGAUAACUAUGUCUGUUUAUGUCGGGAAGGAGGAAAUCGUGUUCGACGAAGGAUGUGUUGAUAAGAAGGACAUUUUAGCCAAUAUAUCCAGCAGGAUAAACAAGGGUGGUGAACCCCCAACGGCCACUAUGGAACAGGAGAAGCGGAUAAGGCGAGAAAUCGCCAACAGUAACGAAAGGAGACGUAUGCAGAGCAUCAAUAACGGGUUUCAAUCUCUAAGGUCCCUUUUACCACAUCAUGAGGGUGAAAAAUUGAGCAAGGCUGCGAUUCUUCAACAAACCGCUGAAUAUAUCUACUCAUUAGAACAAGAGAAGACAAGCCUAUUGUCACAAAAUUGUCAGCUUAAACGGCUAGUAAACCAACACGAAGGAGGCGAACUGCCACCCAAGAAGAGAAAGACUGAAUUGAUUGUUCCCACGUUAACGGCAGAAUCAUCAGAUGAAGGCAUUGGUUCGAUGUCUCCGGAACUAAUUGUAGUAAAUCAAGCAGACACUUUGGCGGAAUUGAAACAACAAUUGGAAAACGAACGCAACUUGAGGUUGAUACUGGAAGACCAGGUGAGGCAACUCGAAGCGCAGCUGUUUCAACAAACGCAGCAACAAUCUGCGCAGAUAUUCGAAUUGGAAGACAGCGAUACUGUCGGCAUGCAAUUAAUUGCUGCGGAUAGUUUACCGAUUGGUCACACGCAGACGGUGGUAUGCAGUUCAUCACCUGCUAACUCCAGGAGCUCGAGUCCGGUCACCGUGAUUCCCGAACAAAGGUUACCAUCGGUACUGGAAGCUGCAAUUAAGGCUGAACCCAAGGUGGAAGUUGAGAGACUGCCGUCACCGAAUACCUCCUCGCACGAAGAGAAUGGUAGAGUUUACAAUAUCUCGAAUACUUCCAGGCAGAACCUCGAAACUAUAGUUGAAGCUAUUAGACAUCUCGAAGGUAGUCAUAUGUUCGAUGAUGAACAAGAUGUACCUCUCGCACUUACCACAAGGUCGAUGGAAAACAAGCCUGAUAUGCACACGGCCUACCUUGAGUUCAAUGCUACGACUGUCCAGCAAUACCAACAGUCCCGACCGGGAGUAAUUGUUGUUAAACAGGCAUCGUGAUCGAAGAUAAUUCACUUUGCCAGUUUGUCAACUAACGGACAGGCAGGGAGACAGUACUAAAAGUGACGGCUUCGGGUUCUGAGAACAGAGCCCCCUUUCUUGAAUAAAUUAUCCAAAUAUAGCAAAAAUGUUAUGACGAUGUUAAGUUCCAUUUUAUUCAUCGAUAAAUGGGCUGGCCUUUCAUGUGAAUGUUUUUUUCUUCUCUCUAAUUUAUUAUUAUUAUUUUUUGUUCGUCCUUAUAAUAUUAAGAGCUGUAGAACGUUUUGUAAAUCAGUCGAAUGAAGUGCAACGGAAAUUUUGACACGUUUUCUUGUCGUUUUGAAAUAUGUUGGUACCAAAUCGCCAAAAAUUCUAUUCAAUAAAUAUAAAAGGUAAUUAAAUUGAAUUUAUCGAAACGUUCACCAGCUCAAAUGUGUUUUUUCGUUUACCCCCAUCUAAAUAAAAAUUCGUACAUUUUUCUACUUGAAUUAUAGCGAAAUUUUAGGUCGAAUAAUCGGGUGGGGAAGAAUCACAUAAUGGAAAAAAUACAUUUUUUGGCAAUUACUUUCAAAUAGGAAAAUAAAACGAUUAUGCCAUCGAAUAAAUUAUAUAAUUAUGGGAGGGUGAGUUUAAAAGGCUAAAUGUCGUUUUAUUUUUUUUCCAAAAAGUGUAACAUUUUGUGUCAUCCAUUAUCUAAGAAUUAAUUCCCACCUUAAAUUUAUUUGCUACAAAGUCGGUAUAUAUAGCAGAAAAUAAUGAUUAUAUGUUUGAAAUUGGAACAAUUUCUUAUUUGUUAACUCGAAAUUCAAAUACUUUUCAUCACAAUAUGUAUUUUCUUUAUCAGUCACUUUCUUGUAAGUUUACAAUCUGUUUGUACAAAUUUGUGUGACUUAUUCAUAGAUUUCUCAAUUUGCUUUGAUAUCCAUCAAUAGUUUUCAUCUCCAAUGGAUGUUGAUGCUUAAAAUGGUUCUUUCUUUAAAAUUAUUAACAAAUAUAACUAUUUUCAAUGAAGAUGAGUAAUACUUGCCACUACUUUAAAGAGUUAAAUAAUCAAUAGUUGAAUUUUUCAGUUCCUCGAAAGGGUUCAACAAAUCUACACAAUUUUGCAUUAUUUUCCCACUCCUCGGCUAAAAAAGAUAGAUGUUCUUGCUGUUGAUACAUUAAUUUAAUGAAGAGAUUUAGUUUGAUUGAGACAUUCUUGUAUUGUAUUCAAUUAUUUUUGGGCUAUUGUUGAAUGAGUUGCUUUUUUUUAAAAGUUUAUUUGAAUCUCCAAAUUGUUAAAUUUCCAUUACUUCAUUCUUACAUGAUCUUUCACCUCUAGUGUACCUACUUGAUUUCUUAUUGUACCCUAUUCCUCUAGUAUACAUUCAUAUAUUUCUCUAAAAAUAACUCCUGGGUAGCGAUUUUUGGAAGUAUUGCACAAUAAAUCUCCAAAAUUCAAUCAAUUUAUAUUAAUAAAACAGUUAAAUAAAGGAACUGUCACUAUUAAUGGUAAUGUUGAUUAUUGCAGAUGUUGUUCACAACAACCCUAAUUAGUCCAGAAUACCAAGGUUUCCACCUAUUUCCAUAAACCUGCAUUGAUUUAAAUAAAAUUUUGACAGUAUGUAGGGAAUUUUUCAAAAAGCAAAAUCUACCCUACGCCGAUGGAAAUUGAUAUAGAACCAAAUUUCAAGCAAAAAAUGUUCUUAGAAUAUUUUUUUCGAAAAACUUGAAUUUUUCUUAAAAAAAACACGUUUUUAAUCGAUUUUUCAUGAAUAACUAAAUACUUUUGAUUUUAUAGGAAAAAGUGUUACAAAUAAAAAUGGAGCUUAUAAAAAAGCAAAGAGAUUAGUUUUAUUUUUAAAUUUGCUUUAUGCAUAAUACAAACCGAGCAUAUAAUCAUUUUCAAAUUACUUUUAAAAAGCUUUAAAAUGAGAGUUAGUAGAACUCUCUAGCAUAAAAACUAAGAAAGUUAUGACCGAAAUAAAAUCGAUUCAUACUUAAAAAAAACCUCAAUUUCACCAUUAGCAAAAGUAUCCAAAUUGCAAUAAAAAUAUAAUCUAGUGAUUUUUUACUUUACUUAGUACUAAUAUUGAUAUUUGGAAGUUUGAACGAUUUAGAAUGUAUAAUUUCGAAAAAAAUUAUGUUUAAAUUCGAAAUUUCAAAAUUUCUGAAAAACUAUUGGAUAUAUAUAAAAAUUGAUAUAGAACAAAAAGUUAGGAUUUUUUCUAACAACAAUUUUGCUUUUUUAAAAUUUUUUGUAACUUCUAAAUUAACUUAGAUGUGACAUCACAAAUCGUACCCUAACGUAUGACUGAUACCAUUUUCGAACCCUUUAAACGUGGCCCUUAAAAAAAUAGAGGCUUAGAGAAAUUUAAAACGUUAGUAAAUUUAUAGGUUAUAAGAUUCCCUAUAAAUUUACGUUUCGUGAAUAAUUUUUUCAUUUAUUUGUCAUAAGGGAUUAUUUAUAGGGGUUAAAAAUUUUAAAUACAUAAUAUUCAAGUUAGAGAUAAAAAAUGCCAAUUUGAAAUAAAUUAAUCAAAAAAUUGUAUAAGUAUGUCUGUAAAUAUUUUCCGAAAUAGGGGAUGAUUUAUAGGGGUUGAAAAUUAUAAGUACAAAAUAUUAAAGUCAAAAUAGAUAAAAAGUUGUCCAUAUAAAAUAAAUCAUCAAAAAGAAUAAAUCUUUUUUUAUCAAUUUUUUUCGAAAUAAGGGAUGAAUACCUCAUUUUCAACUUGGUAGCCUGGGCUAAAUAUGAAUAUCAAAAAAAGGAAAAGACUUGAUUAGUUAAAUUUUCAAAAAUCUCCAUUGAAAUAUUAUAAGUUAUACAUUGAUUUAGAAUUUCAGAAUGUUAACAAUACAAUGUGUAAAAUAGUAUGACUAUUGAACACAUUUUAUUAACCAAUUUAUCAUUUUCUUUCUUUUGUUGUACUUCUCAUCAUUUAAUCAUUAUUUUUUACUAUUGGAUACCUUACUGUAUUUUUUGAGGUAAUUGUAAAUUUUUGAUGAUAUAUUUGUAUUUCAUUAAUUGAACUUUUGUAUUUUUCUAACCCAUUAUAAAAUUGUGCGGAUGGGGUUUAAACAAUUCAAUGUUAUGCUCGGUCUUCACUAAAUUUGGUUUGUUCUGUCUAUAUGAAUCGAGCCAAUCUGUUAAUUGGAAGCAAAAAAUUGUUAUCCAAUGAAGUAUUUUAUUUUUAACCCAGUAAAUUUAUGCAGUUUUAUGUAUAAUAAAAGAUAACAAAAAUGUUGGAAUGUGGAUAAAUAGUUCUUCAGAUUUUUAUAAUUUUUUUCUAAAUAAUCAAGAACAAUUUUCUUACUGCAAUAUUUGCUUCCAAAUUGUGUAAAAAAAUCUCGAUUAGAUAAAUCAGAACGUAACACAAUAUUAUGUAAACAUGACGAUUUUUUUAAAAUUUUUUGUUACUUAAAAAAGUAAAGUUUCCUUUUAUUUGAAACGCCAAAAAUAUAUAUUUAUCAUUAUAUUAGAAAAUAUAGUGAAACGUUUUGUUCCUUUUUUUGUACAUAUUUAUAAUUUUAGAUUUGGUCUCGUAGUUGCGACCGCUUAGAAUUAGUUGUGUUCAGUGCACGAUCUGGAUGCAUGGGAAAAGUUUUUUUUUUAGUUUUCGUUCUGCAUUAGUUUCUUAGAUGGAUUUUUACUCAUUGAAGGUUGUUUAACUAGAAAAAUCUGUAGAGGACAUAAUUUUAUAUAAAUUCAAUUACGGAAUAUACCUAAACGAAAUUUUUUUGAAUUCAAUUAACUCGGUAUAGCGACAUUUUUGUUUACUAUAUAGGUACGGUGGGGUAUGCGAUUAUUUUUGUUUUGAAAGUAGUGUUUGCUAAGACAAGAAGCAAAAAUCAUAGCUUUAGGAUGUAGAAAGUGGAAAUAAAUAUAUAAAUAAGCUGAGCAUAUAUUUACAAAUUUUUAUUGUUACAUUACAUGAGAAACAUAUAUCACAAGUAAUAAUUGAAUGCUUUAAGCAAACAAAUGUUUUACAUUCAACACAGUAGUAAAACGAUUUCCGAUCUUGUUACGUUCACAAAUUGAGCACCUGCCAGAUUUUUUUGCUUUUUUCCAGGUCUGUUUUCAGAGUUUUCGUGCCCAUUGUUGGGUAUUCCAGUUAAUUGUAAGAUAUUCGCUUGGAAUGUAGACCUCUAAGCAAUUUUCUACAAACAUCUCCAACAUUGCUCUUAUCUGCCACAUUGUAGAGCCAAUAAAAUCAUUAUCGUGUUCUUCAGAUUCAAUUAUAUCUUCAAUUAUUUCUUGUUCGGUGUCUGAGCCUACAGAUCUCUCAGUUACACGGUCUUCUUCUGCUUCUGAGCCCGAAAAACUUGCUUUUCCGAAAAGUAUAUAGCAUAUAAGAAAUAACGGCCUAAUAGAUAAAAAAAAAGAAGGUAGGGUGAGGUAUGUCACCAAAAUCUUAAUAAACACUAAACCUAUGGUGGGAUAUGAGGUGGACGCGGUAAUAAACAUGCAUAUAUUUCCAGUCUAUUGUCUACUGAAAUAAGCACGUUGCUGCACGUUAACAAGUAUAAAACGAAUAUACUCAAGAACUGUUAGUGUAUAUUAGCCGAUUGUUAUAGCAUUUUAAAGUUAGCUUUACCGAUGCCUGUUUAAUGAUGUUGAAAAUUGGGGGUUCAAUGAAUAUUUUUUCUAAAUGUUUAAUCUACAGUUAUUCUUGUUGAGCAGACCAAAAAGCAAACCUAACAUUUGAAAGUUAUUUUAAUUCAAUAAACAUGUACAAUAUGUAUUAAAUUUUUUUGUUAAACAAAUCCAUCUAGGAAUACAUAAACAAUAUUUAUCUACAUCUUGUACAUAACUUUAAAAAUUUGGUAUACGUACGAUGAAGUUUGAAAAUAAUUAUAAUAUUGUUUUUCGUUAUGCCAUAGAUAUAUGUAGUUUAAACAACGUGAAUCAAAUGUAUCACUCUUAACAACUGACUACUAAGAAAAUUCUUUCAUAAUUUGCUGCAUUUCAGUUUUGUGAAUUUUUUUAACUAAUCAAAAAUGAAAAUGAAAUAAUAGUUCGUUCUUUAUAGCUAAGUUCAAAAGUUUCUUAUUCAUUCAUCUUGUUUCUAUCAACUUACAUCGAAAUUAUUAAUUUUAGGCAUUUUUGUAUAUUUUUCUUGAAAUUUAUAGCAAGUUUGACUCCGAUGCUUAGAAUUAUGCCCUUUCAAAAUAGUAAACCAAAAAUACAGACGAUCUACUCACUCAUUAUUUCGCCUUUUCAAAUUUUUAGUCAUUACCAAAUAUUUAUUCAAUAAAUUAAUUGGAAUGUGGAAUUAGAACUACUUCUGAAAUCAUGUGGUUGUUACGUGACAAGCAGUUGCGCAAACUGAACGAAUUUUCGUAAAGUUAGUUACAUUUAUUACAUUCCCCAUUACGAGUUGGGGAGUUUAUAAACUAACCGGUAAAAUUGAAAUAAUUUAUCGUAUUUACCAAAUUCAGUGGUGGUUAUGUGUAAUUACCGGAAAUUUUAUAUAAUCACCGAAUAUAUUAGUUUUGCCGUAACAUAUACAUUUAAAAAAAAUGGAAAUGAAAUCCGGUUUUUCGACGUCUGAAUUUUUGGAGUUGGAAUUUUUGGAAAUAGAAAGAAGAUUUAAGCAUUUAGAAUUUUAAUAAAUGACAAACAACUUAAUGAUUGGAAUAAUUAAUGUAAUGAAAUAGUAAAAAAAUUAUAACAAAAUAGAUUAAAUAUUUUAAUCAUAUAAAGAAAUAGUAUUGUAGUUGUAUAACUUAUUUUUGUUUGUCACGGGAGUUUGAUACGUUUGGUUCAUUAGGUACAUUUUUUUAAUGACCAGAACACAUUUCAAAAUUUGCUGCAUGAAAAAGUUAUUGUUUUGUUUUUAAGGCUGUCAGUAAGUUUCUACAAUUUUUAUUUGUAUUUUUUCUCAAUAAAAUCAUUCUUAUAAUCAUACCUGACAGGUUUUGUUUAUUUUUUUUUGCGUUUUUUCAGCUUGUGUGCUUCUGUGAUUGUGUCUGUGGAUUUUCAAAACUUACUUAAUUAUAAAAUGAAAUGAGAAAAAUUUUUAAUUUAUUUUCAAAAAAGAAAGAUGCACAAUCUUCACUUUAUAAAUGAAGAUAGUUUCCCCAAACCAUAAUGGAUUUUCCAUAAAAUAAUGAGAAGCUGCUUUAGGCAUAUGGUUCGUUGGACGUUGAAGUACACAAACAUGCCUUAUAACCAGUGUAUUGAGAACAUCUGGACUCAUUUAUAGAGAAUGUACAUUCCCUGUCAGCUGAAUAUAUAGGAUAUUCCGUAUGAUUUCCCGUCACUGUAAGUUUUUUUCUUACUUGUUAAAGGCCGAAACCCGCUAGCAAUACGCCACGCCACGUUUCGAAUAUGUGUGCAUAUAUGUUUCCAUUUACAUCAGAGAAUUUUGAGUCGUCUCACGUGGA